AUGUUCUUUCUAGAUUCUCAGGUGCAAGACUCCGAUCAUCUUCUCCGUGAGCCUGUAGCGGCGGACCUUAACCAUCUAUCUCCGCCAUGUGCCCACGGCCACCGAUCCACAGUCUCUCUCCGCACAGACCAAGGCGGAACAUUCUGCUUCCACUGCUUCUCCAAUCUCGUCUCCAAUCCACGCGCCCCCACUGUCCACGUCUCCUACGCGCUUCACCAGCUCUCAAUCGCUCUCUCCGAACCUUCUUUCCUCCGAACUAUACUCUCCUCGCACGUUCACUUCCUCGUAUCGCCUCUCGUCGAAGCUCUCUCAAUCUUCGAUGAUGCUCCGAUCGCUAGCCAGAUUAUGGAUACAAUCUCUCUUCUCUGCUCCGUUGAGGAGUGUUCCAUCGGUGAGGAUUUCGUGGAGAGAGUCUCUGCUCAGCUCUCUUCUGGUGCCUUGGGUUGGAGCCGAAGACAGCUUCAUAUGCUUCAUUGCUUUGGAGUUCUGAUGAGUAGUGAGAAGAUAGACAUCAAUUCUCACAUAAGAGAUAAAGAAUCUCUUGUUUUUCAACUUGUUGAAGGUCUUCAAUUACCUAGUGAGGAGAUCCGCGGUGAAAUCUUUUUUGUCCUGUGCAAAUUCUCUGCUCUACAGUUCACAGAACAAGAUGUUGAUGGAGCUGAGCUUCUUUCUUCAUUGUGUCCUAAGCUCUUAUCCCUAUCCUUGGAAGCUCUUGCUAAGACGCAAAGAGAUGAUGUUCGCUUGAAUUGUAUAGACCUUUUAACCAUCUUGGCCCAGCAAGGUCUUAUAGCAGAUUCACGUACAAGUCCUGUCAGCAGCAUGAGUUUGGAUGAAGUGGAUGAUGAUCCCAUGCUGACGGCUGAAACUGCAACUGCAACUGCCACGCCUUGUUUAGAUAUCUUGUUUGCUGAGGCCAUCAAAGGUCCGUUGCUUUCCACUGACAGCGAGGUGCAGAUAAAAACCGUUGAUCUUAUCUUCCAUUACGUGUCUCAAGAGAGUAUUCCAAGCAAGCCGAUUCAAGUUCUGGUGGAAGAAAAUGUUGCUGAUUAUAUAUUUGAGAUACUGCGGUUAUCAGAUUGUAAAGAUCAUGUCAUCAACUCAUGCCUCAGAGUUCUUGAUUUGUUUUCCCUAGCCGAGCAUUCCUUUCAAAAGAAACUUGUUAUUGGGUUUCCUUCAAUUAUUCAAGUGCUUCAUUAUGUUGCCAAAGUUCCUUGUCACCCUUUUCAAAUACAGACACUAAAUCUUGCCUCUAGCUGUAUUUCUGAUUUCCCUGGGAUUGCCUCAAAAUCUCAAGUUCAGGAAAUUGCUCUGGUUCUGAAAAGGAUGCUUGAAAGAUAUUAUUCUCAAGAGAUGGGAUUGUUUCCGGAUGCCUUUGCAAUUAUCUGCUCACUCUUUGUUUCCCUAAUGAAAACCCCAUCUUUUGCUCAGACUCCGGAUGUGUUUAAAUCAUUGCAAGAAUCCCUAAGACAUGCCGUUUUGGUCUGUCUUAGUAUCCCUGAGAAUGAUUCAACUCAGAUCUCCCAUGCAGUCUACUUAAUCAGUGAAGUAUAUGCAUACUGUACUUCACCAACAUCCAUAGACAAUACCAGUUGCAUUGAGCUAAGACAUUGUGUUAUAGAUGUGUGUGUAUCACAUCUAUUACCGUGGUUACUUUCUGAUGUCAACGAGGUCAAUGAAGAAGCAACUCUUGGCAUAAUGGAAACCUUUAACUCUAUUCUUCUACAGAAUUCAGAUUUUCAGGUCGUGGAGUUUGCGGAGAUACUUGUUUCAGCAGAUUGGUUCAGUUUUUCAUUUGGAUGUCUAGGAAACUUCUCUACUGCUAAGAUGAAACAGAGGAUAUAUUUGAUGCUCAGUUCCCUUGUCGAUGUUCUUCAUAGACAGAAAUUGGGGUCACAUAUCAGAGAUGCGCUUCCCAGUCUUCCUUCUGAUCCACAAGACUUGCUGUUUUUGCUCGGGCAAGAUAGUUCCAAUAAUCAAGAGUUGGUUUCUUGCCAGUUUGCAGCUCUGAUUAUUUUCCAUACCGGUUGGAUACACAAUGACAGGCUUGCAGACGAUAAGCUUGUCUUCGCUUCUUUGGAGCAAUAUAUUCUUGUCAACAGGACAAGUUUACUCUCUGAUUCUCCAGCUAUCCUGCAACUAGUGAAUCUAUAUAGUCUGUGCAGGAGUCUUCAAAACAAGAGAUACCAGAUAUCAUACAGUCUAGAAGCCGAGAGGAUAGUCUUCCAUCUACUAAACGAAUAUGAGUGGGACUUGGGUUCCUGUGAUAUUCAUCUGGAAUCUCUCAAGUGGCUUUUUCAACAAGAAAAUAUCAGCAAAAGUUUAACUUACCAGAUCCAAAAGCUUGCCCGGAACAACUUAAUCGGAAACGAAGUUUACAAUGUAUAUGGAGAUGGCAGACAGCGAUCACUCACACAUUGGUUCGCAAAGCUGGUAUCAGAAGGAGACAGCUAUGCCGCAACUCUUUUGGUUAACUUGUUGACACACCUCGCAGAUAAUGGAGCGCAUGAUAAUGAUGUUAUCUCAGUUUUAAAUCUAAUGACGACAGUCGUUUCCAAAUUUCCAACUGCCUCCAACCAAUUAUCCAUGGAUGGCAUUGGCAAUGCAAUUCAUAGACUGAUUUGUGGUUUUACAAACUCAGCCAUGGAAACAUCUUUCGCUACACUGCUUGUGCUAAUAUUCAACAUUCUAGCGUCUGUGCAACCUGGAGUGCUAAAAAAUGAUGAAUCCUGGGAUGCUGUGUUUAUUAAGUUGUUAAACUAUCUGAGCUUGCGAGACACUGCCAUAACACAGAACCAUGAAGGUAUGAUGGUGAUUGGCAUUCUUUGCUUGGUUCUGUACCACUCAUCACAGGGCGCACUUUUGGAUUCUUCAAGAGUUAUUGUGGUGAAUUCGUACUUGGGAUCGGCUAUCAACACUGUGGUUGAUGUAGCUUGCUCAAGGGGUCCAGGAUUGACUCAGUCUCAGGAUGAAACUGACGUCGGGGAGGCUCUAGCAUUCACGUUACCUCUCUGCUUUUUCUCAUUAAGAAGCCUGCAGAAUGUUCUCGCUGGAGCUGUGGAUUGGCAGACUUUCUGUGACCCAUCAGGCAACCUGGAAACACUACCCGUAGUCUGCAUCCAUUGCCAUAACUUGUGCAGGUUGAUGCAUUUUGGAGCACCGCAAAUCAAGCUCAUGGUCUCUUAUUGUCUCUUGGAGCUGUUCACUGGACUAUCACAACAGAUCGACUUUAGGAAAGAGCAACUACGUUGUUCAUCGAGUUACCUGAAAUCAAUGAAGGCUGUACUAAGUGGUCUGGUAUUCUAUGAUGACAUAAGAGUAGCGACAAACUCUGCGCUUUGUCUGUCCAUGAUAUUAGGAUGGGAAGACAUGGAAGGAAGAACAGAGAUGCUUAAGACCAGCUCAUGGUACAAGUUUAUUACAGAAGAAAUGUCAGUGUCCUUGGCCAUGCCUUGUUCUGCAUCAAAUACCUUUGUGAACCACCACAAGCCUGCGGUCCAUGUGACCGUCGCCAUGCUAAGGCUCAAGAACAAACCGGCAUGGCUGAGAAGCGUUUUUGAUGAGUCUUGCAUCUCUAGCAUGAUUCAGAAUCUGAAUGGGACGAACAUCAGCAGCGAGAUUGUAAUUUUGUUUCGAGAGCUUAUGCAAGCUCAGCUAUUGAACUCUGACCAAGUGACCAAGUUGAAUCUCGUAUUCUUGGCGAGCAGAAAACAAAUGGAAAGGAAUGGAACUCAAGAUGAGAAAGUUGAAGAACAAAUGCAACGGACAGUUUCAUCAAUCCAUGACCAUGGUGAAGUCUGUAGGUAUCUAGUUGAUUUGAUGGUAUCUAAUUCUUGUGGACAUACGAGUGGUGGAAGCGACACAACAUGUAGGCAGAAGAAGAAACAGGUUCUCGUUGAAAUGGAAGGAUUCUCCGAACUAUUAUCAACCAGAAGAGAUUAUGUUACUAAUACUAGUACAACACCGUGUAAGGUGUAUACAAGACAAAGAAAGAAGAUAACAGCAAAAUGAGACAAAUCGUCAAGAGCAGAGUUUUUUCUGCCUACGUAAGGCAGUGUUUGUAUAUUGUGAAUUUUGCAUAAUUCAGGUUGACAAAAAAGUAUUAAAAAAAUCUAUAGAAAAAGUAUUGGCACAUUAUGUAAAUAUUUAGAAACUUGAAGGACCGAUUCAGAUAACACAAACACUCUAUAUUGUUUUUGUUUUGAUUGUCU